CUUGUAACAGCUGUGACCUGCAAACUGACAGUUUUGACUGAAAACCGCCAAUUGGCAACCCGGGUUUCUUUUACUCUCAUCCCACGGCGAACUCAUGAUGAACUCUUCAUCCUUUCAGCCUUAGAUGCCAACAUGAGUGUCUGGUGAAUGACCAAAUAAACCCAUCACGCCGGGAGAAGACCUCCCACGGGGCCGCUUUUACAGAUUCUCAAUCAAAAUACAAGCUCAAGAUGCGCCAAGCGGAGAUGGUAAAAGCCCCUGUGUUUAUUAUCAGUUGCCACCUAAUGUGGCGUGAACUCGAGUAACCGUCCGUCAAGGCAAACAUGUAAGAGUGUUGUGUAUUGCGAUGUGACAACCGAGCCAAUUAUAACGCAUCCGAGGUGAGUGUUUUAAUCAAACGGUACAGCCCAUCUUGAAUACUUCCAGAGUUCGAUCUCAGAGCACUAAAGUGAGGUGUCUUCAGCAAAGGAGAUAGAGUGUAGGCUGCUGUCACGAACGCGAGAAGGCACUUUGAUUAUUUGAGUUAGAUCCAUAUUUGAUUCCAAAGGCUGCGUAAUUUUAUGUUGUGUAGCACUUUGGCACAGGAUGCGAUCCAGUUCGCAACGCAGUUGGAUCGGCCCUUCGACGAAGAAGCAUUAGCACAUCUUCUGAAGAGCGAGAUUUUAGUUUUAAACGAACGGGGUUCAGCGUCGAGUUUGGGGAGGAUACAGUACUUCCAAUUUUCCUCCGACAUGACCAAACGAAAUGGCACUCUGCAGCAGUCGUCGUUUCACAAUGGAUUUAAGUGUCCUGGGUGUACUGUGGGCCACAGAUACGAAGAUUACGGUCAGAGCAGGGGACUCUGAACCUGUGACAGUGUUGAACUCGCCUUCAAGGCUUUUGGCGCUCGGUAAACCAGACAAGCAUGGCGGCUUAAACCCUGUAGAUUCAGUUGUGCUGACGGCUGAUCGAGGCUAUCUUCUUUGGAUCAACCCGAGGGGCUCCAUUGAAGUCAAGUUCAGAUAUGGUCGUUCUGGAGAAAAUUUCAACUGCUUCAUAGACCCCCAGCACCAGGGCGUCACCAUCUACGAGCUGUGCGGCACCUACCGGAAGGAAAUGGUCGUGGACGGUCGUCAGCCACUCUCCAAGAACACCAACCCGCAUCACGUCAAGCCUACGGGUGUUCGUCGAAGAGAAAACAACUUUGAAUUUCGCUCCAGAAACAGCGAAGUACGCCUUGUAUUGGAGACUGUGCGAGAUUCCCCGCCCCAGCAGGCAUUUAAGUUUAACUAUGUGCUGACUCUGUGAGCGGAUUGCAUGAUUGUUAGAAUUGGAGAAGCGCCUACGCAAGGAGGCUAGCAUCUCCUUUCAACGAGUCAUCCCGAUGAAAGUGAACAUGUGUGUGUAUCUGAUUCCAAGGCGCAACAGUGAAUUGCUAAAGCAGCUGUUAGAACUUGCUUUUAAAAACUUUGGGACUACAAUUAAUUAAACCAGUAUGCGAUUUUCAUUCAAUGUUACUCUCAUAUUUAAUAUAACUUUGUGUUUUGCAGUUAAAUAUGUUUAAAUUGGUCAUAUUUGACAAUUUUGUAUUUUGUAGGUACAUAUUUCUGAAAUUGUUUUAUUCAAUAAUUUCACAGCCAGUAUAAGUAGGUAAUGUCGCAAGCAGUAAAUGCCAAAAAUCCCCUUGCACACUUAUUGAAUGUAAAAAGACGAAGUCUAUUAUUGGUUGAUACCUGACUUGUACGAACAGGUGAUUAACGACGUCCACAGAGCCCAUUGUUUACCCCAACACCCUGUCAAAUAAUGGUGUAUAACAUAUGAGCCUUAGUUUUGAAGCAAUGUUAAGACACAAUAUGAAACCCAUGGACAAAUCACCGCAGAAAUCAACACAGCCCGAGAUCUGCAUAUCAAAGCCAUGCGUUUCCCAAAGUUGAUUUGUUGUUUGACCGUGAAGUUUCUCGCCAUUCGCCCAUUUACUUAAAGUGUUGUAGUAGCAACAAAACAAGUGUACAUGUUUAUCCAUGCUUAUCCAUGUAAACCUUGAUUAAUUCUACGGCUUUCCCUUUUGUAAGACUUCUUCAGAUUUUUUCAACAACUGUUCACAUUGGUUAACCCCCACUUUACUGUUAAGAAAUGACUGCAGUAAUUGUCAAGAUUGAAGCACGACUUGACCAAAUAUGGGCAGACAAAGGUCCCAUCAUCACACUGGACAGAUAGUAAGAUGGUCUUUAGAUCUAUGCUAACAUCUCAGUUAUAUUGCAGUUUAUUUAUUCAGAAAACACCCAAUGGAAGACUAAUUAUUGCACAAUGAAUUCAAGAGAUUUAGAUUAUUUUUCUGCAUAAAUGGAGCAGUAUGUAUCGAUUGUGUCUUUGAAAGAUGCAAUUUAGCCUCAACAUGGAUUUAACAAAAAAAA